UUAAAUACCCAACCCUCAACUGUUAAUUCCCCCCCUUUUCCAUAUUUCUCUCUGGACGACGAACUUCGCUUUGCUCCGGAAUCAAUUUAGGGCAAAGAUGACUCUAUCGGAAGAGGAGCUCUCGAGACUUUUCAGAGUUCGUAAGACACUGAUGGAAAUGUUGGCGGAUAGAGGUUACCUUGUUGGAGAGUUUGAGAUAAAUAUGUCAAAACAUCAGUUUCUUCAGAAGUAUGGUGAGAAUAUGAAAAGAGAAGACCUUGUUAUUCAGAAAGCCAAGCGCAACAACAGUUCUGAGCUGAUAUAUGUGUUCUUCCCAGAGGAGGCAAAGGUUGGUGUUAAGACAAUGAAAACUUAUACAGAACGCAUGAAAAAAGAAGAUGUCUUCCAAGCAAUCCUCGUUGUACAACAAAAUUUGACUCCCUUUGCCCGUACCUGCAUUUCUGAAAUAUCUACAAAAUUCCAUUUGGAGGUUUUCCAGGAAGCAGAGCUGUUGGUAAACAUAAAAAAUCAUGUUCUAGUUCCAGAGCACCAGCCACUUACUCCUGAAGAAAAGAAGACCUUGUUGGAACGAUAUACUGUGAAAGAAACACAGCUUCCUCGAAUUCAGAUCACCGAUCCUAUUGCUAGAUAUUAUGGGCUAAAACGUGGCCAAGUCGUGAAGAUUAUCAGACCAAGUGAGACUGCAGGCCGUUAUAUUACUUACCGAUAUGUGGUGUGAAUUAGUUUUGAUGUUUUCACCAGUUGAAAUGUAAGCACUGACCAAAAAAGUCAAGUGAUGUAGUUGUUUCCUUCCCAUUUUCUUUUCAUAUGAAAUUAUGAGAGACCAAUUUUAUAUGUAAACUACACCUCUGGGCUCUGCAUCUUUUUCCGAGGUUGCCCUGGUUCUGACUUCUGACCUCUAAAAUGUGCACAAAAUCAUGUGUAACAUCUGUUAGUUUGUAUUGUCCAUACAUGAACAUAUUUGAAACUAAGAAUGCAUUUGUAGAUGCAGUCUUCACUCUG